CCGGUUACCUGGCGGACAGGUGAGAAGGAGGCGGAGGUAAAACAGCCAACCCUCGCUCAGAUCAGAGUUUACAGCUCGGCCUUUGUCUGCCGACCCUGAAUGCGUCUGUGCCAAAGUUCAGCGCUCACACAACUCGGACAAUAGAAAGAAAGAAGACACUGAACUAGAUGUUCUGCAGACGCUUCAUAUUGUCUGCGGCACACCUGAGAAAAGUGAAGAAAAGCACCUGAGAGUAUUCAGCGAGGCAGCGGGAUCUCAUCCAUAGGUGAUGCCAUACUGAGACCUCAUCAUUAGUCACCAUCAGUUUGACUGACAUCACCAUGGCGACCAGGACGGCGGAGGUCCAGCGAAGGAUCGUGUCCAAAGACGGCCACAACAACGUGCGCGUCGACAACGUGGAGGGCAUGGUGAAGCUGUACCUGCACGAUAUCUGGACCACGGUGGUGGACAUGAAGUGGCGCUACAAACUCACUCUGUUCGCCUCCACCUUCGUCAUGACCUGGUUCAUCUUCGGGGUCAUUUUCUACUUCAUCGGCAUGGGCAACGGGGACUUUGAUCCCGACUUGAGCGUCAACCGCACGGCCUGCGUGGUGAACGUGAAGACCCUCACCGGAGCCUUCCUGUUCUCCCUGGAGUCACAGACCACCAUCGGGUACGGUUUACGGUACAUCUCAGAAGAGUGUCCGCUGGCCAUCUUCACGCUCGUGGCUCAGCUCGUCAUCACCGGCCUGGCUGAGAUCUUCGUCACCGGGGCCUUUCUCGCCAAACUGGCCCGCCCAAAGAAAAGAGCGGAGACCAUCAAGUUCAGUAAGUCUGCGGUGAUCUGCCGGCGCGCCGGGAAAUUGUGUCUGAUGGUGAGGGUGGCCAACAUGAGGAAGAGUCUUCUGAUCCAGUGCCAGCUGACGGGGAAAUUCCUCCAGUCCAACGUCACGGAGGAAGGUGAGAAGACGCAGAUCCACCAGAGCUCUGUGGACUUCUUCAUGGACUCCAGUGGAGAGUGCCCAUUCCUGAUCCUCCCGCUCACCUUCUACCACGUCCUGGACGAGCACAGUCCUCUCACAGGCCUCAACGCAGAGAACCUGCAGACCCGAGACUUCGAGCUGCUGGUGACCCUGAACGCCACCAUGGAGUCCACCGCCGCCACGUGCCAGAGCCGCACCUCUUACGUCCCGCAGGAGAUCUUCUGGGGGUACGAGUUCAAGCCGGUGUUGUUCAGCACCACGGGGGGCCGAUAUGUGGCAGAUUUCAACUUCUUCGACAAGGUGCAAGUCACCAACGAUGCGGUUGUCCUGAGUAACAACACGGAGAAGCUCAAACUGGAGGAGGACUACAAGAAAGAAUAGAGGACGUGUUGUUUUUUUACACCGUUUCAUGUAAUGGUGAAAGUUAGUUUGGGCUUGAUCAGUUGAACUUAGUUUUUAUUUUUUCAACGUUUUAGACAUUUACAUAAACAGUAGAAUACUCAUUACCUUCCACCAACCCAAACCAUCUUGGCAUUACAUUGAGAAUAACAGAUUGCUGCAGGAAUGAGUCCUCACAUCUUGGAAUGAGUCAGCCUUUUUCUACCUCUUGGUUACCUUUUCUCAAAGUUGAUGGUUUUUCUGAAUUAGUUUUUUAGAUACAGGAAAUGUACCCUGCGGUUAACACGAGCUUCAGAGACUUUCCAACAAUCAAAACAAUCCUUGGCUCUACUUAGAGAAUAUUACUCUACUGCAGAAACUUUUCCUAAAAACUGAAAAAGAGUUUCACCAUCUCAAGGCCGAGGUUUUUUACCGGAGAUGUUCUCCCUGGCAACUUGCACACAUUAGAUUACAUCCAACUUUAUUGUGAUUGCACAGAGUACAAGUACUAACCAGAGGUAUACAACAGGAAAAUAAAAAUAGUUGUAGUAUAAUAGAAAUAUAUAUACAUACAUGUGACAGGUAUAAACAGACUGAAUGUAUUUACACUAUGAACAUGAUAAAGGAGGACAUUAUUGAACAGCAGUUUAGAAAUUGGAAACACUAUAAGUCAGGUAUACAAAUAUACAGUUUAAUACAGACACUAUCCACAGAAUAAAUAAAGAUCGUUAUUGACGUCGACACAUCAGAUUUUCAUUUCAUUUCAUUUUUAUUUGUCCCGCUCAUGGUACGCAAAACCAAAUGUACAAUAAUUACCACAAAACAUGACUCUACCAUUGAGCGAAAAGGAGCAGGGAGAAGAAUACAAUCUUAUGUGACCUGCCCCUUUCUAAAAAAACAAAUAAAUACAAAUAGAUGGCCCUUCAUAAUAAUACAUUUUUUUUCACAGCCAAACAUAACAGUAUCUUAGGAUACUAAGAGAAACACACAAAAAAAAUACUUAUUUCCCACUUGACGGUUAACGGAAAGAAACAAAACACCAAAACAUCACAUGUAUAAGGAAAAGAAAAGCGCAACACCCUCAUCUGAGUCCUACUGGAGAAGGUGGAAAAAUAGAAUGAGGCUCACAUAAACACCAGCGUUCUUUAUAUGACUUUGGGAAUAGCUAACAAGCGGUAAGAAAUCCAACUGUUCAAGACAUGAUUCAUGUGAAGAUGUAAAGUUUGUUUGUUGUGUUUUAAAGAUGAGAAGAUAGCUGAACAUGGAAGAGUGAAAUGUUGUGUGUAAAAGAUGUAGAUUUUUUGUAAAUAAAUAAAAGUACAAAUAUG